AUGUAUAAAUUAUAUAAAAAAGUAUUCAAUAAUUUAGUUAUUUCAAAAAUUAUAUGGGGAUAUGUCAAAUAUGAACAAAUGUUUGAAGACUCAAAAGAUGGAGGUUUUUUAGACUAUAGUAUCUAUGAUAAAAUUACAGAGUCAAUGAAAACACAAGAUUUAAACUUGGGAAUUUUAUUAAAAAAAAAGAUGUAUCAAGUAUUCAAUUAUUUUGUUGACUUUUUUUUUAAAGUUGCAAUUCAAAAUCCUGCAAAAUAUUGGUAUUGUCAAUUAAGGUUACAAGAUCAAAAUGUAGAUAAUAUCUGCAACGUUGCAGAUAAUGAAUUCCAUCUUUUAUUAAGUUAUAAAGAAUUGUCAUUUCAAAGAUUUAAAUUAAUUUACCACUAUUUUAAAUCGAACCCAGAAUUUUUAAAAAAUAAAGAAACAAUAUUAAAUGUUGCAGCAUCAACUAAUGGAAAUUUUGAAAUUUUUCAAUUUUUAAAAAGAGAAAAAGAUGAAAACAACCAACCAAUGUUCAAUUUCACUUUGGGUCCUCAAAUAGUGCAUAAUACCAAUCAAAUUAAUAAUUUAAUACCUUUUGGCGAAAGUGAAAAUUAUAAAAUAUUUUUAGAACAAAUUCAAUUUUAUAAAAAAGAUAUUGAACUUAAUGGUGGUGUGGAUAAAUUACAAGUAUUAUUAUACUCAUUGGUCAAAAGAAAUUUAGUUAAACAUUUCACUUAUUUAUUAACAACAAGUGAAUUUAAAAAAUUAAUAUCGAAUUUUUCAAAAGAAGUAUUAGUUCAAGUUGCAUGUAAAUUCUCUUCAAUGGAAUUUGCAAAACUUUUAAUUGAGCAGGGCAUUGUCCCAAGAAAUCCUACUAUUGAAAUCAAUUCUUCUAAACUUUUUCUCUUGGUCAAUGGUAGUGAUUUACAAAAACCAUUGGAUUUCCAAGUUGUCAAAUAUAUUUGGGGUGGUUUCGUUAAAAAUUUACAAUUAAAAUCAGGUGUGUCAAUGUGUAACAUUAACUACUCUGAAGAUUUAAAUUCACUAACCGAUGUCAACAUUAAUAUAAUUUUAUCAAGCCUUUCAUCCAAUCCAUCAAAAGAAGAAUUUCAAUCUUUAAUUAAAAAUAAUAAUAAUAAUAAUUCAAUAGUUUUAAAUAAUAUAAAACUAUUAGAAAGAGUAGUAGAAAAUAUUACAAAUAAUCUUUUUGAUAUUGAAUACCUUGAUAUUUUCAUACAAUUUAUAUUUAAAUAUAAAAAAGAUUUUAAAUAUCCAAUUGAAUGUUUUACAAGUAAAUUUGAAAUUGUUAAAUAUUUAUAUGAAAAUAAACAACUUAUCUCCAAUUACGAUCAAGUUGUAAAUGAAAAUUUCUCACCUGAUAAUUUAUUUAAUGGUGAUGUUAAAUCAUUUGAAUUUUAUUUAUCAAAAAACAAAUUAAAAAAAAUUGAAAACAAUCCAAAACCAACAAUUGAUCAAGCAAUUAGGAAAUGUUAUUUUGAAAUUGUGAAAUUUAUUUUUAAAAAUUAA